AAGCCUAAAGACUUUACCUCAACCUUGUUAUUGACUCAACAGUGUAAGAGUGGAAGCUUGUUCGAACAGAGACUUCAGCGUGAAGAGUGGCUUGGAAUCAUUCUAAUGGGAGGAGAAUGGCAAUGGCCUGGGAGGGAUGGCCUCUCUUAUUAUUAUGGUGAAAGCUCAUUAUUUGGGUUGAGCGGAACAGUCGUGUUGUUGAUUGACCAAGUUGGCAAGGUGAUGAAGAGGGUGGGUUUAUUUGGAACACAUGAGCCAAUUCCCCGAGAACUCACUGAGGAACGGUGGAUACGACUUGGAUGAGAAACAUGGAACGCCUUAAAGAACAGUCCCGGACUUUGCAGCGAGCUUUAUAUGAUCUGGCCUUCUUUAGAAUAA